UAUUAGCAUACGGCGUCAAGAUGCAGAGUAGACCCAAUUCUACAAUCCUCCUUUCCGAGACCAGCAAGGCAGGAAAGAAAAUUAAAUCUAACAAGACUGCAAUGGCUAAUACAGAAAGAGGUAAUGUUUAUUUACCAGAUAUUCCAGAACCAACAAGCAGAGCAGAGCUCAUGAAGUACUGGAUAAAUUUGUCUUUGGAUGAAAGGAGCGCAAAUAGGACGUUGUGGAUUUCUGAUGGUGGGUCUAAGGUGUGUCGUAAAACUCAAGAGAUUUGUCCUGUCCUGGAUCGGCCAGAGAGAUAUGAGUGGUCUCCACAAGUGUUGUGCAGAGAAAGUAUUUGGAACAGCAGGGCGUACUGGGAGGUGGAGUACUCAGGAUGGGUGGUGAUCGGAGCUACCUAUGAAGAUGCAGGGAGGCGAGUAGAUUCUGGGUCAUGCGGUCUUGGAGAAAAUGACGAGUCAUGGGGUUUGUGCUGGUCAGGAAUGCUCUACCAAAUCUGGUUCAAUGGUUUACACAAAGACAUCAAUGAUGUCCCAUUUAGUUCUACAAUUGGGGUUUACAUUGAUCAACCUGCAGGAAUUAUAAGUUUUUAUGUUGUAACUGGUGAGGGGGCAGAAAGGGAGGUUAAACUACUGCAUAAAGUCACAACUAUCCUUGUGAAAAAGAUUCUUCCAGGUUUCUGGUUGGGAAUUCAAUCAACAUGCACCUUAAUGAAAAAAAACAGAUUAAAUUGA